AUGGAGAAGGCGGGAGGGGGAGGAAUUAUCCGUGAUCACGAGGGUAACAUGCUCGCAGCCUUCGCCACUUCACUCGAGGCCCACUCGGCCCUUGAAGCGGAGCUUAUGGCCAUACAUCACGGGCUGACUUUAGCCCUGGAUUUUGGACGACCUAUUUGGGUUGAAUCGGAUGCCGCCCAAGCGGUUAAGCUCCUCAAUGGCUCAAGCAGGGGGCCCGCACACACUAGCCGAAUCUUGGCACGCAUCGCCAUUCAAAAGAGUCAACAGAUCACCCGAACAACUUUCAUACAUCGGGAGGGGAACAAAGCAGCAGACCUCCUCGCAAAAAUGGGACUCGAGAGCCCUGAAUCUUUCCGCAUGAACACCUCAACGGCCCCACGGCUCCUUAAAGCAAUUGUCAGACUGGAGGCUAUGGGCGUCCCCAAUAUUCGGGUCCAAACCGAGGAUGAAGAUUAG